GCGGGCACCACUCAACCACAGUCGGAUCUACAGACGGAUCUAUUCCCUUCGCGUCGCCAUUAUGAACAAGUACGGGAUGUUGGCCAUCUGCCUGCUGGCCGCCUUGGGCGCCCUGCUCCUGGAGGUCAAGGCCACUCCGGCGGGCACCGCCCCCUCCACCGGCAAGUUGGAUCCCAGCCAGCUGGGCGGACUAACGGACCAGUUUUUACCGCCCGAGUACCGCAAUACAAACAAGAGCUUGGAUGAACUUAAGCGGAUGUAUCGCGAAAAGUGCAAGAAGGUGAAUGGAGCGGACAACGCAACCUUAUUUGCCGAGAUCGAGCGGGCGGCGGCCAAGAUGAGCAACUGCAUCAACGGGGUGGCCAACCUGACCGGUCUGCAGGAGGAGAUGGAUCAGGCGAAGCCGCACGGCGACCUGGACACCGUGUUCCACAAGUACUGCCUGAAGGCUCCGGAGGCGGAGGCCUGUGUCAAGGAGUUCAACGAGAAGGCCCAGCAAUGCCUGACCGCCGAGGAGAAGCAUCACCAGGAGACGGCGACCCGAAUUGGAGCGGGUCUGCUGGGAUUCGCUUGCACGCGUGGCGGCGAUCAGAUUGCCCUUUUCGUUGCGGAAAAGGGACCCGAAUGCCUGGACGCCAACAAGGAGGCCAUAAAUAAUUGCUUCAAUCAGUCCUUCAAUCAGUAUAUCCCCAAGGAUGGCCAACUUCCGAGUCUUAUGAGCAGUCCAGAGCUCCUACUCUCGCCCAACCGCUGCGUGGACUUGCAGCGCUUCGAGGCGUGUGUCCUCCAUCAUUUGCAGCAGUGUUCCGAGAUCACGCCCGCCAACAUAGUUGAGUCCAUUUUCCGCUUCGUGAAAAACGAGACCGAUUGCAAGGCUUGGAUGGAGUCCCGUGCCCACGACAAACCGAUCCUGCUGGCCGCCUCCAGCAACAAUACGGCUACUGGACUCACUGGCUUCAUGGCCGGCCCUCUGUUGGGCGCAACAUUGCUCUUGAUGCGCCCCUGAACGCAAAACUUUUUAGGUGCUUUUUUUUUUGUAUUUAUAUUUCUUUGGUUGCGAUUGCGAUAGCGAUAACGAAUUUUUUUGUUUGUGUGUGUAGAGAGGGUAUUGAGUAUCGGUACCAUAUAACUUAAUGUGUCCUAAGAAAUUGCUUAUAAUAAACCAGAUUACGACAAA